AUGGCGAGCGAGGCGCGAAACGAUGGCCAGGCGGUUAUGCUGCGCUACCCUUCACCGGAGGUUUUUACUUACCCGUACUGCUACGCGGGCAAUUCGACUGCCCAGAUGAAGGGCAGCGGGGUGUAUAAACUGCAUGGCAGCUUAGCGAAGCACCUGAAACACCAUCACCCUUCAUCGUCGCAAAAAUGGGUCUGCUCGGAGUGCAGCUUUACAGACUCCGGCGCCUGCCCGUAUAAGGCAGUCAAGCUGCACUUCGAGAAGAUCCACGCAUCCGGGCAGUCGACCCUCCGGUUGCAGAGGCGAUGCGGGCGAUUCGAGGGCGACGACGCGGACCUCGACAGCGACGACUGCGGGGAUGAGGAUUUCCCCGACUGCCGGGAAGCGACUCCCGGUGAAAACUUCGACGGCGGCCACAGCGGCGAGCAACUUAAGGAUGACGACGCGGGCGUUUGCAGCGCGUAG